CACAUCAGGAUGUCCAAGUCAGUGCUGUUGCUGCUGUUCCUGACACUGUCAGGACUGCAAGCUGCUCCCAUCGCACCUCUGAGAGGAUUGCCCAAGGCGUCAUCGCCCAUCGGGUUGUCUGACUCUCAGCAGAACGACAUCGUCGGACAUGUUCCUGAUAGCUUUCAGCAAGGAACCGAGCCAUCCAAGCGAUUCUUUGACAACGGCUUGGUGCAGGACCACAUCAAUGAGAUGACAGCUUUGACCAACAACCUCCUUGAAGAGGGUCUGGGAAAGGCAGAGGCAAAACACUGGUUGGCAAAUGAGGUCCCUAUGGAUGUGCCAGCGCAGAGGAAUGGAGGUGGUUGGGUUCGAGUUGAGGAACCCUCCCCUUCUUCUCGCCUUCCAGAUGGUUUUAGACAGGGAACAGAACCCUUCAUGUCAAUCCCAGAUGGUUUUAGACAGGGAACCGAACCAUUUGUGGCGAUCCCAGAUGGUUUCAAACAGGGAACGGAACCUUCCAUUUCUAUUCCAGAUGGUUUCAAACAGGGAACGGAACCUUCCAUUACUAUUCCAGAUGGUUUCAAACAGGGAACGGAACCUUCCAUUUCUGUUCCAGAUGGUUUCAAACAGGGAACGGAACCUUCCAUUUCUGUACCAGAUGGUUUCAAACAGGGAACGGAACCUUCCAUUUCUAUCCCAGAUGGUUUUAGACAGGGAACUGAACCAUUCAUGUCUUUGCCAAAAGGUUUCAGACAAGGAACUGAACCUACAAACCCUAUCAGGAGUGACUUUAAACUAGAAAUUGAGCCCUUUGCGUCUAUUCCAGAUGGUUUCAGACAGGGGACUGAACCCAUCUUGAAAAUUCCAAAUGGUUUCAGACAGGGAACGGAACCUUCCAUGUCUAUCCCAGACGGUUUCAGACAGGGAUCCGAACCCUUCUUGACCAUUCCAGAUGGUUUCAGACAGGGAACAGAACCUUCCAUGUCCGUCCCAGAUGGUUUCAGACAGGGAACCGAACCCUUCAUGUCCAUCCCAGAUAGUUUCAGACAGGGAACAGAACCCUUUAUGCCGAUCCCAGAUGGGUUCAGACAGGGAACCCAACCCUUCAUGUCCAUCCCAGAUGGUUUCAGACAGGGAACUGAACCCUUCAUGUCGAUCCCAGCUGGUUUCAGACAAGGAACUGAACCUACAGACUCCAUCAGUAGUGGCUUAAAAGAAGAAGCUGACCGUUCCAUCUCCAGGCUCCAAAAACAGAGCUGUAAUGGAGAGGUCAUUGAUGGAAAGUGCUAUGAGUUCAACCCAACACCAUUGGCCUUCAAAGAAGCACAGGAUUUAUGUAAAGCUCGUAACCCAGACGCUGAGCUGGCAUCUGUUACAAGUGCCGACCUUCAUUCCCGCCUGGUUUCCAUGGUUACCAACGGCGGUGAGCGCAGCCCACAGUUGACGUGGUUGGGGGCCACGGUUAAGAACCAGCAGGCCUCAUGGCUCGAUGGCUCACAGAUGAAUUACAGUGACUGGAUGCCCGGUCAGCCCAACAUUCACACGGACAAGCCUGUCUGCGUGGAGAUGUUCAAGAUAGAUGAAAGCUGGUGGACAACUGCUGAAUGCGAUCUGAGAAGAGCAUCUAUCUGCUCGUACCGAAUCGCUGCAUAAAAAUCCACACUGACAUCCUCCUCUUGGCAUUUCUUCAGAACACUAGCACAUUGUUAUGCUUAUUAAAACUAUAAAUGCAUCCUA